GUGUCACUUCUCCAUUGCUCCGCUGCCUGCUUACUUUACACGGACCGCUGCUUUUUUUACGAUGAUUUGGCAGAAGCUGCUGCGGUCACAAGACUCGAUCGCGAAUGUGAAAACGAAAGUCAGAGACGGGCGAGCUUCAUGGCCGGGUGGGCGCUGCCAGCGCUGCUGCUCCCUUUGCUCCUCGCUGCAGGCUCGGAGGCCACCAUCAGUGUCUUCUCAUCUAAGCUCAGCAUAAUCGCUCUGAGGCACUCGACUGUUGUACUGCCAUGCACCUUCACGGUCACACCAGGCCCCAUCGACCCCAAAGGCCUGACUGUCAUCUGGUACCAGUAUGGGUACCCAGUGGCCAAGUUUGAAAAUGAAGACUCCACGGUGAGACAGGAGGCCAGCCUGUUUGAAAAAGACAUCAGAGGAGGAAACGCCUCGCUGCUCCUGGAAUCCAUCGUGAAGAGGGACGAGGGGCAGUACGAGUGUGAAGUCACCUAUGGAGGAGAGAAGGCCUCAGCCAGCCUUGUCCUGACCAUCCAAGUCCCUCCUGAAGUCCUCCUGUCCCCCGCGUCAGUUCAGCUGCUCCAUGAGCACACCGUGACCUGCUCGGCCAGAAGCUUCUACCCUCAACUGAUCCAUUUUAGUUGGAAGAGAAAUGGCAGGAGUGUCGACCCCCUGGGGACCACAGAGCCACAGCUCAACUCAGAUGGCACUCUGAAUAUGGAGAGCAGCUACCACUUCACGCCCAAGAGCCGAGAUGACCUGACCUGCGAGGUGACGCAUGAGGCCCUGAAGGAGCCGCUGAGGAGAUCCGUCACAUAUGUUGGACUGACCAGCGCAGAGGUUGGACUCAUUAUGGCUGCAGUGAUUGCCUUCUUCCUCCUCCUCCUCACCCUCUUCUGGUUCUUGUCAGUGUCCCUGUCACCUCUCGUCCCAUUAAAGUUGGUCCAAGAUGAGCCGACGUCCAUCCAGAGCACCGUCAAGGGCUGGAGGCUCAGACUGGUCACCCUGCAGUGGCUCAUAAAUGACGUGAGACUGGCCUGGCACUCAUUGGACAGACAGCAGACAGACUGUGAGGUGGACAAUAUGCCCCUCGUUGACCCGUCUGGUCACACCUCGACUAAAGGACAAUCUGCAGGAGGCCUUCUUCUAGUGGAGACCCCCAUAGCCCUGCACUUUACACCCAAGAGAGGCGAGCACCAGGGGGCCGAGCUGAAGUGUCGGGCGACUCACCGGCUAACCAGGAGGAGCGUGGAGCGCGUGGUCAGACUGGAGCAGGUGUGUGUUCGGCCUCAGCUCUCGGAUAUCGAGAACGUCUCUCAGGACUCAGACUCCGAUGUCAGGCUGCAGAUCAGGGCAGAGGAGUUCUACCCAGAAGACAUCAGCUUCACGUGGGCACUGGGAGAAGACGGAGUGUCAUCACAACUACUGGACAUCACGAAAACCAACAACGGGAACUUCAGCACUGGCAGCAUCUGCUCCAUCCCCCUGUCUCAGCUCCAGAGUCCUGGGUUCAAAAUCUCAGUGGUCACUGAGCACAGAUCCAUGGGGAGAGUGGAGAAGACGGCCACCGGGGACACUCCAGGUAUUGAUGGACGUCCCCAGCUGUCUGACAUUGAAAUGCUCAGUUUCUCAAGAGCUGGCCACCCCUGCACUCUCAGCUGCACCAUCUCCAAGUUCUUCCCCAGUGGUCUCAAUGUGACGUGGCUGCGAGAAGAAGGGGAGACUGGACAUUGGUCUGUUACUACAGGGGCAAAGACGUGGGGAGCCAAAGUGUGCACAUCAAAGCCAGAGCAGAAGAACAACACUUACGAGAUGACCUCUACGGUUGAAUUCACUCCAACUAGUCACGAAAUGGAGCAGAUGACGUACGUCUGCAGGGUAGAACAUGUGACCUUGAAGAUGCCCAUCGAGAAGGACAUCAAGCUGACAUCGGCUGCUGAGAAGAUGCGUCUCAUCGUCUCUGAUGUGCAGGUCGUCUUCACUUGCCUUGGUGAGCCCUGCCUCCUGACCUGCACCGUGUCAAACUUCAGUCCCAAAGAGAUCACCGUGAUGUGGCUCAGGAGGCAGAAGGACACCAAGGAGGUUCUACUUGCUGGGUCAGGCAAGUGGAACCCCAUUGUAACCCACUUUGGUCCAGCGAUGAGGAGUAGCAGGUAUUCACUGGUAUCCCAGGCAGAGUUCACUCCUCUCUUCCUCGGCGACUUGGAGGACAUGGAGUACAUCUGCAGAGUGAACCAUCAGAGCCUUGGAGAUAAGGCCAUUGAGAAGAGCUGCUCAGUGAGUGCGGUUAUGCAGCAUCACCCCAUCAUGUCAGAAAUACGGGUCAAGGAUUUUAAAGCACUUGGCCAGCCCUGCACCCUGAGCUGCUCCAUCCAGGACUUCUACCCCAAAGACAUCAAGGUGACCUGGCAGCAGGCAGGUGGGAUGGGACGAGACAUCACAGGGGUGACAUCUGAACCGCAGUGGGGAAAACGGAGCUACCAGCUGGAAUCUGUGGCCACCUUCAUCCCUAAAGCUCUGAGUGACCUGGAGGACAAGGAGUUCAUCUGUAAGGUCGAGCACAAGACCCUCAACAAGAAGGGCAUUGAGAGGUGCAGUGGGAAGCUGGUCAUACCAGGUCUGUUGCACCCACCCGUCAUGUCAGACAUACAGGUAUUGAGAUGGGAUGGACUUGGCCAGCCUUGCACCCUGAACUGCUGCAUUAAGGACUUCUUCCCCAAAGAGAUUGAAGUGACGUGGCACAGGAGGGACAAAAAGAUGGGCCGUGAGGUCACUGCGGGGACUGAUGAGUGGAAGGCUCAAGUUAAGACAUCACACCCAAAAGUAGAAAAUGUCAGCUACAGACUGGACAGUCAGGUCACUUUCACCCCUCAGAGCCUGAGUGACGUGGACGAGGUAGACUAUGUCUGUAAGGUGAAGCAUAAGAACCUGGAGGAGACGUCCAUGGAGAAGACUUCUGGUGAAUCGCUGCCCACAGCUCUGUGCCACCCGCCCUCUGUGUCUGACAUUGAGGUGGCUAAGGUCACAUCAAAUGACAAUUUCUACACCCUGAGCUGCUCAAUCCUGGACUUUUACCCCAAACUGAUUAAAGUGACGUGGCUGCAAAGGAGCCUGAAGACGAGCGGCAAGGUCUCAGAAGAGAAUGCUGGGUGGGAGACUACAGUUGACCCACCCAGUCCAGACAUGAAGGGAAAUGGCUACAAAGUGCAGAGUCGGCUCACUUUUCAUCUUGACUCUUUGAUUCAGCUUGAAGACAUGGAGUUCAUCUGCAGGGUGGAACACGAAUGCCUCUCUGGCCCUUUGGAGAAGCACUCUGGGAGGAUUAUAAUACCAGAUCUCGUAAGUGAACCUCUAGUCUCCGACGUGGAGGCCGAAUUCACUGAAUUCGGUCAGCUGUGCACUCUGAAAUGCACCGUGUCGGCCUUCUACCCCAAAGACAUCACGGUGACCUGGGAGAGGAAGUGCAGAGCAGAGAAGAAGAAGAGGAGACCUUCUGCAGCAGAACUGAAUCAUCUCAGCGUGACUCAGGAUGGACCGUCAUUGAACAACAUCAGGUACUGGGUGGUCUCUAAAGCCGGAUUCACCCCACAGACCCUGAGUGACCUGGAGGACAUGGAGUACAUCUGUAAAGUGGAGCACGAGACUCUGAAGGGGAAGACCAUUGAGAAGAGCUGGCCCAGAGUUAGAGAGCCACGCAUUUCCGACAUUGUGGUCCACUUUGCUGGACUUAAUCAGCUCUGCACUUUCAGCCUCACUGCGUCAGACUUCUUCCCUAAAGAGAUGAUAAUCACCUGGGACAGAAAGCACAGCUCAAAAUUAAAGCGUUUUCUCAAACAGAAGUGGAAUCCUAGAGUGAAGCAGGAUGAGCCAUCUUGGAAUGACCUGAGAUUCUCCCUGAGGUCUACAGCAGAAUUCACCCCCACGGCUCUGAGUGACCUGGAGGACAUGGAGUUCAUCUGUAAAGUGGAGCACGAGACUGUGAAGGGGAAGGCCAUCGAGAGGAGCUGCUCCAUAUCUCCAGAAUCCCUGAGACCUUCACCUCGUGAUGCCCGCUGAUCUCUGAAUGGCACCUCGGUGUGAAUGGACGACGCUAACAUGGCAGCCCAGCCCGAGACCUCCAUGGUCAGUCCUGGCUGAACCUUUGACUUUGAUUCGACAUUCUUGAUGUUAUUCUGACCCUGAGCUUUAUUUUCCUUCCCUGCUUUAUGUGAAGCCGCGAGGUUUGAUUGCUUUUUUAUACCUUUGAUACAUUUUGUAUGAACCACGAAGAAUAAGAAGUGAAUAAAACUGAAAUGAACCUCA